UGUGCAGGAGGGCAGGCCACGAGGUGAGAUUCCCCCACUUGACAGUCUGUCUUUCUGUCGGACCCGUCGUUUAGUUAGUGCUCUCCUCUUCUCCAAAUCACAAACUCAUCACACACACAUACAAUACAUACUUUCUCUCUCUUCUCUCUCUCCUCCGAUCAACAGAGCAUUGACGUCACUCUCCAUGGCUUCAAUGGUGGAGUCUGCUUGGACGUAUCUCAUCACUCAUUUUAGCGACUUUCAACUGGCUUGUCUUGGAAGUUUCUUUCUUCAUGAAAGCAUCUUCUUUUUCUCGGGUCUUCCGUUUAUAUAUUUGGAAAGGGCAGGAUGGCUGAGCAAGUACAAAAUUCAGAGUAAAAACAACACCUCUGCCGCUCAAGAGAGAUGUAUCACUAAGCUACUGCUAUAUCACUUUGGUGUCAAUCUACCUGUUAUGAUUCUAUCCUAUCCUGUCUUCAGAUUCAUGGGGAUGCGAAGUUCUCUCCCAUUGCCGUCCUGGAAGGUAAUCUCAACUCAGAUUUUAUUCUACUUCAUCUUGGAGGACUUUGUUUUCUACUGGGGACACAGGAUUUUACAUACAAAAUGGCUUUACAAGCACGUCCACAGUGUCCAUCACGAAUAUGCAACACCGUUUGGGUUGACUUCUGAAUAUGCUCAUCCUGCUGAGAUUCUGUUUCUUGGGUUUGCAACAAUAGUGGGUCCCGCCAUCACUGGUCCUCAUCUGAUAACUUUGUGGUUGUGGAUGGUUCUCAGAGUCCUUGAAACGGUCGAGGCACAUUGUGGAUACCAUUUCCCCUGGAGUCUUUCUAACUUCUUGCCUUUAUAUGGAGGCGCUGAUUUUCAUGACUAUCAUCACCGGCUGCUAUACACAAAGAGUGGCAACUAUUCGUCAACUUUUAUUUACAUGGACUGGAUAUUUGGUACUGAUAAGGGUUACAGAAAAUUGAAGGAGCUCAAGAGUGGAGGAGAUGACACCGGGCUGAAGAAAACGUAAAAGUGAGUACCGUAGAUAAUUGGCAUGUAGGUUUGGUGAUUUUGAAGCAUCGUGUGCAAAUGAUCGAAUUGUAGUACACCUCAGCUUCCCGUGUGCAAUUGCUUUUUGUGUCCAAUUGCUGUUGCGUUUAACAGUUUGUUAUGGAUUUUGUGUCCGCAUUAAUGAAACUCCAUACUUAUUUCAGUUUGU